AUAGGCCGCGUUGAGUUCCGGGGCCGGGCAGUAGCAGCAGCGGUACUCGGAGCUUCAGUACUUCCAGUACUUCAGUAGUACUGCUGCUAGUACCGGUGGAAGUACUUGUACCUGCCGUGUAACCGUCGGGCCUGUCGCCGUCAUGGAGCUGGACAAAAUGGACGAGAACGAGUGGAAGUAUCACGGGGAAGGAAACAAGAGCCUGGUGGUGUCCCACGUCCAGCUUCCCAGAGUUCUACGUCUGCUCAAGUAUCCGGCUGAGGACUGUGAAAACCCACCACAGACACCUGAGCAGGCCUUCAGGCAGAUCCAGAACGUUGUUGACUUCAGCUCCAACGUGAUGAGCAGCCUCCUGGGAGAGAAGUUCAUCCACAGCGGGGAAGUGGUCAAACUGCCGCUGGAGUUCGUACGACAGCUGUCAAUCAGAGCUCAGCAUCAAAGACCAGCGAUGCGCUGUGAUAAGGUGAUGGACAUCUACAGCGGCUGUGCUCUCUGUCUGCCCAACCUGACGUCUCCAACUCUGCACCAGCCAACACACUCUCUUCCCCUCUGCAUCGAGAUCAAGCCUAAGUGUGGCUUCCUGCCGUCCUCCAAACAUGUCAGCAAAGACAUCAAGACUAAAGUGUGUCGCUUCUGCAUGCACCAACACGACAAGGUGGCCAGAGGGAAGUGGAAGAGACGCAGUCUUUACUGUCCUCUAGACCUGUUCUCAGGGAACAGACAGAGAAUGCAGUUUGCCAUCAGACAACUCAUAGAAGAACCUCAGAACAACUUCAAGAUCUUCAAGGGCGGUCAGUGCAUUUAUAGCAGUAAAGAAGGAAGUGACGACUCGUUGGACCUGAACUCUUUGCUGCAUCAGCUCAGACCGUACUUCACGUACGGGAACAACAGAAUCAGUCACGUGACCGGGAAGGCUGUUCUCAACGACUUCAUCCAGGUCCUGGUGAACGCCCUGCUGAGUGGUGGUGGAGGAGGAGGGCACGGCGGGGGGGUGGCGGACAGAUGUGGAGAGGGGCGGAGCUUCUGUGAAGCCAGUCUUUUCAACAAGGAGAGGAUUCGUCACGGCUCUCAAGAUUUAAACAGCAACAGUGUCCUGUCCAGGAUCCUUCAGACUCAGAUGUUGGACACGCUGAACAUCGAAGGUCUUCAUCCUCUGUAUCGCAGAGUGGAGCAACAUCUGCAGGACUUCCCCAAGGAGAGAUCUCGUCUUCAGGUGGACGGGCCGUACAACGAGGCCUUCCUGGAAACGCUGCAGAAAUGUCCGGCUGAGGACGACGGCUCCGUGGAGUACGCCGCUGCCAAGGUUCAUCAGUACCGCGUUGCCAUGACAGCCAAGGACUGCUCCAUCAUGGUGGCCUUGGUGCCGAGCGCUGAGGAGGAAGAGGAGGAUGACGAUGAAGGUCUGUCCAGUCAGAGGUGGCUCCGAGACUUCCAUUCGACCAGACCUCCCGCCUUCUCCUACUCCGUCUCCAUUCUGGAUCUGGAUCCGAAGCCGUUCGACUCCAUCCCCUGCCAGCUGCGCCUGGACCAGAGGAUCGUGUCCUGCUACCUGAGGACCGGGGGGGCGCUGCCCAAGGCCUCUCUGCAGCCGCUGCCGGACAUCUACGCGGCUGCAGAGAGGGACGACUGCACGCUGCUCUUCCACCCGGUGUGACGGCCACCAAGGAGCCAGGCGACACUACAGGAGACACAAAUGUCUGAUGCCACACUGAUGCCUCGAACAGAGACGCCAUGUUGAUUCCAGAGGUGGAGAAGAGUUAAGGAGCAGGGCUGUUUAUUCACUGCAGCACUUCCUCCUCCUCCUCCUCCUCACUCAGACCCUGUUGACAGGUAUCACCCUCUGGUUCCUGCUGCUUCUGCUCAGCAACAAAAUAAAUCUAAACCAAGUUGCAGAUAAAUCACCGGAAAACGAAAAGCAGAUGCAUUUAGUUUCCAAAGCCUUUUGUGAUGUUGUGGCAGUUUGACAUUUGACUCCUGUGCCGAGGUGAAUCCAUUCGGUCACAACUCACAUCGACUGGAAACCUCGCACGGAGCACGGGUCUCUAUCGCUGACAGAAGUGGAGAUUAAAGGACAGGUUCACACUCUAGUCUUUAAAACAAUAAUCAGGCGUCCAUAUUGAAAUAGCAACUGGUUUUCUUGCUGUAAUUAAUUCCACUCGUCCUUUAGAGAUCUUCUCCUUUCUGCACUUUCAAUGUACAUAAGUGAUGAGGAGCAGAAUCGCCUGCAGAGGACCGGGGAUGUUUAUGAAUGUUUUUAAGGGAAACCAAAGAAGUGAGAGAGAAGGAGAGAGAGCCAGAGAGUUUAUGUUGUUAUGAGAAGUGUGAAAAGUUUAUUGGAUCAUUAUGAAACUGAGGGGGGAGAAAUUAGACAUAGUUAGCGGCUGCUGUCAAAGAUAUCAGUGGGAAACACUGGUUUGAUACUUUGGUUAUAGAAUCAAAUGAGGGUUAGGACAGAUAGAUGGAUACUUUAUUAACACCGUGGGAAAUUCAGACAGAUAUCAAAUGGCUUUAGUUCUGGAUGCAUUGAUUUCUUUUCGGUUAGUUUUCCACCAGUUGUGUUCUGGAAGUGUUUCCUUGUUGAGCUGUGGUGGAGCGGUUGUAACACAGAGAGGGACUUUUAUACUGAAAAGGGAGAAACCUCAAUAUGUGUGGUUUGUUUUGACACAAACUGCCGAGGCCUCAACAGUCUGUGGUAUUUGACGCACAUCGGGAUCAGAUCUCUAAACCGACAAUAUGAAUGGGAUGAUUACAGCCGAGGAAACCGUGGCUUCACUUUCACACGGACGCCCGAGUAGAAGGAACCUGUUCUUUAAACCUCCUGCUGCUUUUGUCGCGCUUUGAUGAUGUCAUUUCCUGAAUGUAGGUGGGCGGGGACAGAAUGUGGGUCCAGGUUGUUUGCUGACGCCUGUUAACUGCAUCACAAGUUAUCAUGGUGGAAUCCGACUGCCAAACAGUCUCAGCAGCUGAGAUGGUGUUUUUUAUUUUUAUAAUUCAUAACUCUUAUUUUCUCACGUUGGAGUUUUUCAGUCCAACUACUCACAUCAACUCAAACUAACUCAUGAGACAGCUGCUUGGUCACAUCUCAGAAGGAAAUUGUUAAAGUAACACUGUGCAACUUUUAAACCUCCAAAUCAGCAGCUUGAUUAAAACCAGUUUGAUGUUUCAGUGACUGGGAAUCAGGAGAAAGUUUCCUCCUUCGUUCCCACUCAUCACCCAGUAACGUUGAGUGGGUUCGAUCUCCUGUGAGAAGACCUGACAGAGAACCACAGCUUCAACUGUCAGAUUCAGCUCCAGUGAGUCGAGGAGUGAAGCUGAACUGAUGAUCAGUUAUUAAAAACCUGAGUUCAAAUCCCACUAAUCAGCAGGAAACUGUUAAAAUGUGAAGAAUUCUAAACAGUUUAGUGGAUUUGUUACAGCAGCAGCUCUUCUGGUUCAGGAAGCAGAGGAUCAUGGGUAAUAUCGGUUCAGUGAGUGGGUUUCACGAAACCACAAACAGAAUGAGUCUCCAUGUGCGGCUGCAGGGGGCGCUGCUGCUCAGUUAAAGUUGCAUGGUGUUGCUUGAAGGGUUCGAAGACGUCACACGAGAAAUUGUGAAGGUGUUUUUAUUUUUUUAUAUUUCACAAACUAAACAACUUUAUUAAUCAAUGAAAUAAUCGGAUUAAUUGAUAAUAACCGUUAGUUUCAGCCGUUGAUGAGACGAAGUGAUAACGUCUGAAAGUGCUGAGUCAGCAUCGUGUCCGGCUCUGCCUGGUUCUUCUUCAUCAUCAUCAUCAUCCUCAGUGGCCCUGACAGUGAACGUCUCCUUUUGACUGAUGUGACUCUACAGAGGGGUUUUCAAGUAGAGCAGGGGGAAGAGAGCAGAGGCUGCUGGGUAACUGGGCGCAGUCCUCUUCAGACAGGCCCAGGGUCUGCUGCUCUGCUGGUUGUUGUGCCAUAAGUGGCUUGUUGUGUGUCUAUUUUGUCCAUGUGCCUAAAUGUUCUGGUAGGACUGGAGGACGAGGGGUGUGUGUGGGUGCGAGUGUGUAUUUUGAAACGCUCACUUUGAUGCAGGCUGCGUUCCCAGCUGAGGUCAGAGGUCGUCUGUGGACGCAGCCUCGAACUCUCAGAACCUCGACGCUCCACGAUGAGUCACUGGGAGGUUUCUGAGGACGGUGACUGAG